GUAGCCAGAAAGCCCUAGCUCAGGCUGUACCGUGUACGUACGCUGGAAAGGGAUGACAAGAGGGAGGCUGAGGCAGACGCUGGACAUUUUCCCAAAUGCUUCGGCUAGGGCGGCCAGUGUAGAACUAAAACUUAGAAGGGACCUGGGAAGAACAGCUAGAAGCGCUACGCGCGAUCAAAGACCAUCAAAGAAGUGCCAAGAAGCGCGGGAGCUGUGACGCGCUGCGUUUGAGCCACCGUUUGCUGUUCCCCCUGCUCAGACUUUGGUUCACGCUCGCAGAACAACUGCUUGGAAGCCUGUUUUGAGCCGGAGCCCUUGUGGCAGCCGUUAAAGUUAAAGGUGUUGCAAUAGGAGUGUCAAAGCUCAUUUCUUGGGUGCGUCACGAAAUCUCUAGGAAAAAGUUCUUCCAGCUCUCCUGUCCACCAGUUCCUUGUUGUGAACCCGAGUCUUCAUCCAUGCAAGCACAGUCUCAAGGAAAGUUUUAGGGUUUGCUUUAACCGCGGGGCGGGGUUAUGGCCACCACCCCAGCCGGCCGCAACCGAUCACGGCACUCUCGACUAAACCCUGAGGUCCAUUCUUGGAGCAUGCCGCUGGCAGGGGAGGGAGAAGAGCAGACGGUUCCGGAGUUUCCACCCCUGAUCGAUCUCAGCAUUCCGCUGCCAAAGUCACGGUUUAUACCGGUGCCCCACGUACGGCAAUCGUACGCAUGGGACUGUGGCCUGGCAUGUGUCCUAAUGGUUCUCAGGGCGCUCGGGUUCACUGGUGUCAACCUUAAAACGCUGCGGCAAAUGUGCCCCACAAUGAGCGUUUGGAGCGUGGACUUGGCGCACCUGCUGCGGCGCUUUGGUGUGGACGUACAACUGCUAACUGUGACGAUCGGUGCCAACCCUGGCUUCGCGGACGAAAAGUUCUACAAGGAGAACAUGGCAGAUGACGUGGAUCGGGUAAAUAGGCUGUUCGAGAACGCAGGUCGCGCAGGCAUUUCAAUCCAGUGCCGGUCGAUAUCGAGCGACGUGUUCCGGUCGCUCGUCCUCUGCGGGCGGUACAUAGUCAUCGCCCUCAUAGAUAAAAAGUGGUUCCGGAGUCUCGGCUGGACGCACGAGUUCUGCUUCCCAGACUGCUUCGGUCUGUCAAGCGGGUAUACAGGGCAUUAUAUCGUUGUCUGCGGGUACGAUCACGACCGGGACGAGUACGAGAUCCGCGACCCGUCAAGUAGUAGUGAGGUUCAAAGAGUCUCCACAGGCGCUUUGGAGGCAGCUCGGCGGAGUUACGGAACAGACGAGGAUUUGUUGCUGAUUUCGUAUGCGCUCGAGGAGGACGAGGAAAGUUUAGGCAGGGGGCGGUCUCGGCUCGAAACAUCGACCACAGCAGUUCGAUAGCAGCGCAGCUUGGGUGCGCAUUCCAUCACUGACGAGCACGCAUGCUUAGACCAGAUUUUGCACGCGCCAACAAGUCUGGCCGAUGCCAGGAACUCUACAAUUCUCCGGGUUGACCCGUCAAGACGACGGAUUGGAAAGCGGUGUAAAAUAUGGAGGUUUCAAGUUCUGUCAGUAGUAUUAACAUAAACUCCUAAGGUCUAUUUUAACAGCCCGGCCGGGAUCAUUCCAAGUCAGAUCUCUCA